UCAGCCUUGUGCUGGAUUCCCCUCAGCUUGCUGUUGCGCUUCGAAGCUCUUCAGAUUCUUCCUUCACAGCCUAUCCGCCAUGUUUGCGCUCUCGCUAAUGCUCCUGGCGUCCUCGGCUUGGACUGCGAAUGCCCAGGAUGACGACGCUUACCACCCCCACGGCGCGUUCGCUUUCAUUCGGUCUGGAGAGCGCACGCCGCUUCUCACCGGCGACAGCCAGGUUCUGACCGCGCUGGGUGCGCAGCAGAUGUACCAACUGGGCCAGAAUCUGAGGGCUAGGUGGAUCGAUGGCGGCGAGAAUGCAGGGCUCGGUGUCCAGAACAUUGCAAACAUGUCGGUCGACAUGUUGAACAACGACCAGAUCUCUGUUCAGACGUUGGACAAGCAGUAUCUCGUGUCUUCGGCGCAGGCCUUUAUGCAAGGCAUGUACCCCCCCAACGCGGCGGGCAAUUCGACUGGAUUCGGGGAUGCGACGGGCUUGCUGGCGGACGGAAGGGUUGUGCAGGCGCCGUUGAAUGGAUACCAGUACGCGACUGUCCAGUCGUUCAGCGAGUUUGCGUACAACUCCAUCUACAUUGAUGGAAACUCAAACUGCCCGGAGGCGAGGCUGGAGUCUUCGCAGUACAUUGUGUCGGACAGCUUCAAGAACACAAAGGCUGCUAGCAAAGAGACGUAUAGCCUGCUGCAGACCAGCUGGUUCCAGGGCAAUUUGCUGGAUGACCAGAGGGACUACGACCAUGCUCUGGAGAUCUGGGACUACCUCGAGUACCAGUACACGCACAACCGUACCAUCUACGAGAGGCUCACCGGCAGCCCAGUGUACAGCGGCGUCUACAACGCGACGCGCCAUCUCGCCGACGAAUACGCCUGGAAUUUCUGGGGCAACACCGGGGCCUCGAGCAGCGACUCGGACAACCAAGCCACUGGCGGCAAAACCCUUGCCGCGGAAAUCUUACACCAGUUCCAAACCCUCAUCACCGACCGCAAGAACCACAGCACGUCCACCGUCGGCGCCUCGCACCCCAUCACGCUCCUCUUCGGCGAACCAGACCCCAUGAUCAACCUCAUCAGCCUGAUGCGCAUGGACGCGCGCGACAAGACCUUCCAGGCCAUCCCGCCCUACGCCUCAGCCAUCAUCUUUGAGCUCUUCUCCACGGGGGCCGACUCGUUCCCCGCAUCCGAGGACGACCUGUGGGUGCGCUUCUACUACCACAACGGCACCACGGACUUCAACGGCCGGCUGCUUGCGUUCUCCAUGUUCAACGGCCAGCUGCUUGCGUUCCCCAUGUUCAACAACGGACCCAGCCACACGGACAUGACGUGGCGCACCUUCAAUAUGCUGUUUGGCAGGAUCGCGAUGAACACCAUCACCGAGUGGUGUUCGAGCUGCAACGCGCCGAGUCUGUUCUGCACGGGCGUCGACAGCCAAGUGAUUGUUGCCGUAAACCCCACGUCGUCAUCCAGCGGCAAGCGUCGCGGGCUGUCGCCAGCCGUUGCGGGGGUCGUUGGCGCAGCCGUCACGCUCGCUGCUGCGUGCUUGCUGCUCGCGCUGGCGGUGCUGGUCGGCGGUGUGCGAGUCCACCGUGUGCAGCGCCGCUCGCCGUCCGCGCUGGGCGGCUUCAAGGGCAGCGAUAAGCUCGCGUCUGAUGCGGAUGUUGCGCACUUGGCCAAGGGCGGUGCGCUGCCCGCAGGCAUCGCGGGCUUUGGCGCGACGAAUACCGCGGCUCCUAGAGCGCGGCAUGAGAGGGUGGGGAGCUGGGAGUUGAGGCAGAAGGAGCUUGGCAGGGUCAAGAGCGGGGAUGUGGGCGACGAGUUUCCCAGUCCGAGGGAGAGCUUUGAGCAUAUCGAUGUCGUGACGAGUCGGCCUGUGCAGCCAAGAGAGAGCGUGUGAGGCGGUGUGGGAAGACGGGGGUUCUUACCAUCUUUACGCUUUCAGGAACACGACAUGGUGUUGAAGGGAUUGGAAGGGAAGAGGUAGCCUGGCACGGAA